ACUGCAGACGGAAACCCCAAAAGCUUAAGCCACUGUCAGACUCCAAAACCCUAAUCAAGAAGGAAAAUCUAUUUCGUCAUUCGCUCUCAUCUCCAUCUCCAUCUCCAUCUCCAUCUCCGGUGGACUCAAUUCUCAUUCUCAGCCUCCCCCAGAACUACGACGACGGCGACGACGGCAGAGGAGGAAUUGUUGGAAUGAUUGUUCCUUUUGUUGCCGUUUUGAAUGAAGACAGUUGGGAUCGACAUUCCUCAGUUGUUGACAUGCUUCGACACACCAAGCAUGUCAAUUGAUCCUAGUGCACAGAUGAAUUUCAUGGAUGAUGAUGCUUCUUCGGGUUCCGGGGAGGAUGCAAAUAUGGUGGAUGGACACAACAAGCGUCAGUCUACAACACCAUUGACUGCAGGUCGUAACAAGAGAAGUCGAAAGGCUACUGGUGAUGCUAUAGUGGAUGCUAUGCUAGAAAUAGCAGCUGCUUCCAAGAUGAGGGCAACCGCAAUUAUGAAGAAUUCAUCAGCUUGCAUGGAUGAUUUUGACUUAGCACUGGAUGAGAUGGAAUUAGUGGCAGCUGCAGCUGGCUACUAUUAUUAUAAUAGUGUAACUAGGCAGCCUUGUCGUAGUUUGUCACCCAAAGGAUCUGGAUUUAUGACUGAAGUGCUGAAUGGAAGUGAUGAUGUGUGUCGGGAAAUGUUUCGGAUGGAUAAACACGUUUUCUACAAGCUAUGUGACGCACUUAGGCAGAGAGGGAUGUUGCGGGAUACAGCUGGUGUUAUGAUAGAGGAGCAGCUGGCAAUUUUCUUGAACAUUGUUGGCCACAAUGAGCGAAACAGAGUAAUCCAAGAGCGUUUUCAGCACUCAGGUGAAACAAUUAGUCGGCAUUUCAAUAAUGUGUUGAAGGCAAUCAAGUCAUUAUCACGUGAAUUCCUGGAACUUCCACCUCUCACAACUCCUCCAGAAAUCCUUGGGAAUAAUAGAUUUUAUCCAUAUUUCAAGGAUUGUAUUGGAGUCAUUGAUGGCAUGCACAUUCCCGCACAUGUACCUGCCAAAGAUCAAUCCAGAUUUCGUAAUAGGAAAGGCUAUCUAUCACAAAAUGUGUUGGCAGCUUGCACAUUUGACCUUCAGUUUAUAUUUAUUUAUCCUGGUUGGGAAGGCUCAGCUGCUGAUUCACGUGUAUUAAAUGCCGUCCUCCAUGAUCCAGAUCAGAAUUUUCCUCCAAUUCUUGAAGGAAGGUACUACCUUGUUGAUUCCGGUUACUCAAAUGUUGAAGGAUUUAUUGCUCCAUUUCAAGGGGUGCGAUACCACCUCCAUGACUAUAGAGGUGCUAAUCAACUACCUAGAAAUGCAAGGGAACUAUUUAAUCAUCGGCACUCAUUUCUUAGAAAUGCCAUACUGAGGUCUUUUGAUGUGUUGAAAAUGCGAUUUCCUAUUCUAAAACUCGCCCCUCAAUAUGCGUUUCAUAUUCAGAGGGAUAUAGUUAUAGCUGCAUGUGUUUUACAUAAUUUUAUCCGGCGGGAGGAUAGAAAUGAUUGGUUGUUCAGUGGUGUCGAAGGGAAGACUCUGGAAGAAUUUCCCGAUCUUGAUGAUCAAGCAGAUAUGCAGUUGUGUUCUCCAAUACAAGAACAGAUUGCUUCCUCAUUGAGAGACUCAAUAGCCACAGCUAUGUGGAAUGACUUCAUAAACAAGUGGGAUGAGUGGUGAUUGAUGGUGCUACCAAUCAGGGAAUCAGCACAAACUGUUGUUGGAAUAGAUGCUGUAUGAGAGUACGAGUUCUUAUUCUGCUUUUGUUUUUGUUACAAAGUAUUUGUGCUAAAUGGAAAUGACAUGGCCUUCAACAUGGUACAAAUGAAAAAAAUUCCAAGAUUAAACUUGCUUUUA